AUGAGCAGAAAUCAAGGCACACGAACACCUAUUCAGCCACUGUCUUAUUUACCCCAACUGCCAGUUCUUGUAAAAAUAAGUUGUUCAACGUUAUGUCAUUUAAAUAAAUGGGGAGAAGAAGAUAUUGAACGAUUAAAGAAGGAGUUGAGUGCUAUGCUUGAUUCUGUUAUAUCAAUGAAGGAGAAUCUCAGAAUUCAAUAUGACUCAUGUUUAAAAGAUUAUAAACCACAUCACCAUGAGAACCAUACAAGACAACGCCCACCUGUACAACAACAAAAUAUUGUUAGUGCACCAGAACCAAUAUUGUGUAUUUCUAAUGAACCUGCAAGAGAGUAUUGGGAGAAUAUUGUUUAUCCAUAUAUUAAAUAUCCAAGUAAAGAAGAUGUUGUAUUACUUGAACCAAUGGAAGAAGAAGGAGAAGAUAUAAACAAUUGUCCAUUAGGAAGAAGAGAUCAAGUGAUUGAAUAUUCAGCUCGAGAGAAAUUAAUAGAUGGUUUAGUUGAAACAGAUACUGAACGUUUUAGAAAGGAUAUGGAAGAGGAGAGUGUUGUUAGAGGAAGACUUGAGAGUUGUGGAAUUAUUCUUCAAAAAGAAAUGAAUGGAAUUAAUAUCCAUACAAGAAGGGAUGAUGAAAUUAGUUGUGAAUUAAGAAGGCUUAAUGCACAACUAAUUGAGAAAAGAAGAUUUAUUAAUGAAUGUAGAAAAAAGAUGAGAGAGUAUUAUAAAAGAGUCGAAGGAAAGCAAGCUGAAUUCGACAAAUUACAAAAAGAAGAAAAAAGUUAUAAAUGUCAUUGA